AUGGUCGUGGGCCCCUCGGGCCGGAAGGGCAGGGAGGGUGGGAGCGAGAGCCCUGGCUCGCGUGCCCUCAGACCCUCCGCACACUGGAGCAACCGUCCCACGGCCUUCCCGCCUCAGAGCCGCUCGAGGGACGCGGCGGCGUGAAACCCGAGGUGCUGCGUGGCGCUCGCAGACGGGGACGGGGGUGGUGCUCGCCGCGCGGAGUCCUCGCGGGGUCCCCGGGGACCGAGGGUGGCUAGAGCCAGGCUUUCUCCUCGGCGGGAGAAUGCGAAGCAAUCGCUUCCUAGUGUCCUGAGUAAAGCAGGCACAUUUCCCCCCAAAGCCGCCGUCUCACCUCGCAGACACAGGUUGUAGUCUUUAAAUCUCUCCUUGGUCUUCUGGGGGAAUAGAUAAAUUAAGGAAACAGUAUUCUGACAUUGACCUGCUUGUGGAGGCAUCAGUGCAGGGCACCGCAGGAUGACAGUCGGGUUGUGGUGGUGCAGUGCCGAGAACAGUUACCAGAGAUAAUUACUCGUGGUGAUGGCUUGCAGCAUCAUAAACAAAAGAAGGCACGUGGGACUUCAGCAGCUUUCAUCAUUCGCACAAACAGGAAGAAGUUUCCUGGGCCCAGUAAAAGCCACCAAGUUUAUUACAGAUGCAGAGUGUCAUGAAAGUGUGUUAAUCAGCUCAACAGUCAGACUUCUUGAAGGUUUGGAUUUAACCUGUGCAGUGGGGCAGCUUCUCAAUGAAGCAGUUCAAGCACAGAAUGGUGCAUAUAGAAUUGGAACCAGCACUCUCUUGUUUCUUGUUGGUGCUUGGAGCAGAGCUGUUGAAGAAUGUCUCCAUCUGGGUGUUCCCACUACAGUAAUAGUGUCAGUAAUGUCCGAAGGCUUGAACUCUUGCAUUGAAGCAGUAGUUUCCCUUCAAGUACCCAUAUGCAAUGUAUUUGACCACAUGGACAACUCAAGUAUAGUUUACAAACUUGAAACAGUUGAUGUCAACUUGCGUCCUUCAGGUCCCGGCUUGUUACAGGAAAAGCGUGAUUUCAAAGAUGCUACAUCUCAGUUACUGUCGUCUUACAGUCUUUCUGGGAGACAUGCUGCAUCACUCAAAUUCUUCAAAACUCAGGCUAAGGUUGAAACGGAAGAAAAUAUACCACAGACUCUGCGAAACAGCCUGCUUGCAGAUUCCUUCUGCAGAAAGUCAGCAUUAACUCACAGUAGGCAUUUUAAUAGGGCAGAUAAUAGCCACAGGAUAAGCAGACCUGAUGGAUUUCUAGAACAGUGUGGGUCAACUCCCAAAGCUUCUAGGUGUAAUGAUUUGGUGGAGUUAGCAGUCGGCUUGAGCCAUGGAGACCACAGCAGCAUGGCAUUGGCAGAAGCAGCUGUGAGGCUGCAGUGGCAGAGUGUGUACCUUCAAGACAACUAUAAGGCACCAUUUAUGUUUGAUGCAUCAAGACUCCUCACUUGCUGUCUCCCCGGCUUACCUGAAGCUUUUUCUUGUGUUUGUUUAGGAUAUGUCACUGUUGUACCCAUGUCUAGUCUUACUCUGAUAAAGGAAUUGCAGGAUCAACCUUUCCGGGUGAUUCUCAUCGAGGGUGACCUCACAGAGAGUUACCGCCACCUGGGAUUUAAUAAGUCCGUAAAUAUUAAGACUAAGUUAGAUAGUGGAAAGCUUCCAGAAGAUAGUGCAGAAGAACUGUGGGCAAAAAGUGUGUUGCAGGUGUUAACCCAGUUCAAUGUGAGCCUCGUCCUGGUACAAGGAAAUGUAUCUGAACACUUAACUGAAAAAUGCUUGCACAGUAAGCGACUGGUGAUUGGGUCAGUGAAUGGCAGUGUGUUGCAAGCGUUUGCAGAGGCUACAAGAGCAACACCAGUAGCCUAUGUUACACAAGUGAACGAAGACUGUGUGGGCUCUGAGGUCUCCGUGACCUCCUGGACAAGUCCUCAUGAUGUGAACAGGAGCAACAGAAUGGCAAUCUUGUUAAAAACAGAAAGAAUUAAUUUGAUUACAGCUGUACUCACCAGCCCAGUAAGUGCUCAGAUGGAAGCAAAGGAAGACAGAUUUUGGUCUUGUGUAUAUCGUUUAUCUCAUGCCCUAAAAGAGGAGAAGGUCUUCCUUGGAGGUGGUGCUGUUGAAUUUUUAUGUCUUAGUCAUCUUCAAAUUCUUGCUGAACAACCUUUAAAUAAAGAGAAUAAUGCUUGUUCAGGAUGGCUUCCUGAUUCUUCCUCUUGGAUGGCCUCAUCUCUGUCCGUCUAUAGACCAACUGUGUUGAAGUGCAUGGCAAGUGGGUGGCAUGAAUACCUGUCAGCUGUCAUGUGUAACACUGCCACUCGCCCAUCAGCAGUGGAAGCCAGCACGUGCAUUCAACAUCAUGUGCAAAAGGCCACCAACUCUGGCUCCCCUUCAUCUUAUAUCUUGAGUAAAUACAGUAAACUAAGUAGUGAACUUUUUCAUUCAGGUAUUUCAGAUAACCUGGAGCUAGUUCCAAGAGUUUAUGAUACUGUUACCCCAAAGACCGAAGCAUGGCACCGAGCAUUGAACUUAGUGCUCUUAGUGCUUCAGACAGACAGUGAAAUAAUUACUGGACUUGAACACACACAGAUAAAUUCACAGGAAUUAGAUGGAGUUUUAUUUUUGUAGGGUUAGCUAAAUCUUUGGGAAAUAAGCAAUAUCGUUUUAAUAAAUUUUAAGGUGUGUAUGUGUGGGAGCUCGUGUACAUGCAUGUGCAUGUCCAAGGAGGCCAGAAGAGGGCACAGGAUCCCCUGGAACCACAGUUGGAGGUUUAUAAACUGACCAGUGUUGGUGCUGGGAACCCAACUAUGCAAGGGCAGCAAGCACUCUUAACCUUUUGGCCAUUUCUCCAGUUGUAAUACAUAUUUAUAGUCAGAUCAUAGCAUCUAAAUUAUUAGCAAUUGCCAAGAAUGAGUUGAUGUCUAUCAAUAGCUACAGUUCUGAAUUUUGCCCUAUUUAUAAGCUAACAAAUUAGCUUUUUUACAGGUGCUACAGGAUACACCUAGAUUAGAAGCAGAGCGCUUUUGCCAACCACAGCAGAAUCUGCAUUCAGAGUAUUGUGUUGGUUUUAUCAGUUCCUUGGCUUUUCUGUCCCCCAAGAGCAGCACAGAGGGCCAGUGGCAGGACCUGGAAAAUGCUGAACGUGUGUGAUAUUUACUGCUAAAGCAGAAAUAAAUCCGCUUACUUGUCCAACAGGAAUGAUUACAUCCUUCAACAGUGCUUACGUCAAACCAGACAUGGACAUGGACUAGCUAAAGAUUGGUCAAGCCCUUAUAUUUUUGCAUCUAUAGUAAGUAUAAAGAUGCUGUCUCAGUUACUUUUCUAUUGCUGUAAUAAGACAGACCAAGGCAACUUAUAAAAGAGUUUAAUUUGGAUUUGUGGUUCAGAGAGUUAGAGCCCAUGAUGACAGAACAAAAGCAUGGUGGCAGUGACGUCUGUGAGGUCACAUCUUGGUCCCCUAAGAGGUGGGGAGUUGAGGGGAUAGUGCAGAGACAUCUGUGAGCUCACAUCUUGGUCCCCUAGUAGGAGGUGGGGAGUUGAGGGGAUAGUGCAGAGACAUCUGUGAGCCUACAUCUUGGUCCCCUAGGAGGAGGUGGGGAGUUGAAGGGAUAGUGCAGUGACCUCACCCAAUGUAACACACCUUCUCCAAAAGGCCACAUGUUCCAGACCAUCCCAAAUACUUCCACCAUGCCUGCCUUCUUUCCAUUAUUCUGUAAGCACAUCUUUAGAGCACUGUCUUAGUCUUUUUAGUCUUUCAUCCUCAAUCCCCACAGUAUAAUCAUUAUUAACAUUUAGGGGAUGGUUUUCUAAGGCUUCUUAAAUUUAUAUGUCUGUGUAAAUACAUUUUGAUACGGUGACAUCACUGUAUGUAGUGACAUUUCAACUGUAUUUUAAUAAAUAAAGACUGCCUAAAGAUCUGAGAGUAAAACAGUCCCACUGGUCAGCCUUAUAGACCAGGUUAUGGUAACACACACCUUUAGUCCCAGUAGCCACACUAGUUGCCAUAGGGUGGUGCAUGCCUUUGAUCCCAGCCCUAGAGAAGGCUAUAAAAUGGGGGUGAGGAGGGGAGAUGGCAGAGACAGCUCUCACACAGUCUCAUGCUGAGAUUCUAGGAGGCAGGAUCACCAUUUCAGACUAAGGUUGAGGUAAGAGCCAGUGACUGGCUGUUUUGCUUUUCAGAUCUUCAGGUUGAACCCCAAUUUCUGACCCUGAGUUUUUAUUAAUCUUGCAUCAACUGUAUAUAUUACAAAUUGUCUACUUCUGUAGAUUAAUGUAUUCAGUGUUUUACCUAAUAUUCUUAAGAGUUCGGUGGUGCCACCAUCACUCCCGCACAGUGACUCACCACUGUUUAUGUGAGUUCUUCUCUGUUCAGCCAGUCCUGGUUUGGAAGACUGUAACAAGUCUUCUGUCCCACCAGUCUGCUCCCAAAUAGUGACGUGGGGACUUAUUACAAAAGCUCGGCCUAUAGCUUAGGCUUGUUCCUAACUAGCUCUUAUAACUUAAAAUUAACCCAUUUAUAUUCAUCUGUGUUCUCUCAUGUAGCAUUACCUCU